UACACUGCUAGACUACUCUAUAGCUAGCUAGCUCUAGCCGGGGAACGAACACUGGUCUUCGCCAUGGAGUGCACCUCAAGAACCGGCAGGCUCUCGUGCUGCCUCCUCAUGGUCGGCGUCGUCCUGCUGGCCUCCUCCCCGGGCUCCGCGGCCGCGCCUCGCCGGCUGCUGCAGACCUGCCUGGGGCAGGACUUCGACGUGCCCCACGCGCACCUCCGCGCCAAGAACAACGUGCGGCCGCUCAAGUACACGCAAGAGCUCUCCGACCGGGCGGCGGCGUGGGCCGCCCAGUUCAAGGACAACUGCGCGGCCGCCUCGCCCGCGCCGGGGAUCAACGUGUUCCUGGGCAUCGCGGGCACCACCUGGCUGCCCAGCGACGCCGUCGCCGCGUGGGCCGAGGAGGAGCAGCACUUCGACUAUGGCUCCAACACCUGCGCCGACGGCAAGGGCUGCGGCCGCUACACGCAGAUGGUGUGGCGGGGGAGCAAGGAGUUCGGCUGCACCACCGUCGAGUGCGCAUCCGGGGAGACGCUCAUGGCGUGCCUCUACGAGCCGCAGGGCAACAUCAUGGGCCAGAAGCCAUUCUGAUCUGAAUGCAUCCAUGGUGCCACUAUACCAUCGUUCCUAAUCAUGCUUUGAGCUGUUCUACAUUUCCUCUUAUACCUAGCUAAUUAUUUGUUGGGAGUUCAGAAAGAUGAUGUAUGCCCUGAGAGUGAAACGAGCUUAUAGGUUUGUCCUCGUUUGUUUUGUUCAUGGCAUGAUCUCAUGAUGAGUAUCAAAUCUGUCUCCUCGUAUCUCAACU